GUUCUUUUUUAAUCCCUAUUUAAUUUUCUUUAAUUCUUUAAUUCCUUUUCCCUUUUGCUUUUCUCUGUUUGAAACUCUGCCUGCCAAAAAGAGAAAAAAAGAAAGCACACAAAACAGACCACACUCUCUCACUCCUUACAACCGAACCCUAAUCUUCAUCUCUCAGUGUCUCUUCCUUUUCCUUCAUUUCCAUGGAAAAUCUUCCACAUUCUCGCCAGCCAAACAUCUUUUCCAAGAAGACCUGCAAUGGCAGCUCAACCAAGUCCAUUUACGAUGACGUCUUCGGUGGGCCUCCCAGGUCAGGCGCACCAACACUGGCGCCUCGAGUUGAAGACUACAGUGAGAUUUUUGGCGGGUUUCAUUCGUCACGCGCCUCCUCGAUUCCUGUGCUUGAUCUUCCGUUGAUAGGAGAUGAGCCGGUUGAGUAUUUAUUUGAUGUGCGCGGCUCUGGUUUUGACUACAGUGAGGUGUUUGGAGGAUUCAAUGGGCAUGAUUUUGCAGUUUCUUAUGAGGAGAUGGUGAUGAUGAUGAUGAUGGAGCAAUCCAACGGUCGUGCUGAUUCCUCUGAUGAUGAUGAGGCAUGGACUCCAGCAGGGGUAGAUAGUCUAUCCGAAGAGUUGGAUCAUUCUAUGAAGGACCGGUGCUUUUCAAAUAGAGAUUCACAUGAGUCUGUUGAUGAUAGUGUGGAAUUUAACAUAUCAUAUAACCAAUAUGGUGGAAGAAUUAGCGAAGAUUCGUCAAAUGGGGUUGUACAUGUAACUCAGCACCACAAUGUUUCUGGACAUACUUGCUCGGUUGAUAAAACUAAUUCCUUGCCAAAAGCAGAUUAUGAGUACUGGAGUUUGCAGGAAAGCAAUGAGGAUGAUCUUAAUAUUACCUAUAGCGGGGAUAUGUUGAAGGGGAGGCUUCUCAGGAAAGUCAUGUCACACCCCGCCAAUGGUAGUACAGAUGGACUCAAUUUCAGAAAUGACGUUAGAACUUCCAAGGAAUUUGUCAGAAAUAAUUCUCUUCCUGGUGAAACAUUUGUGACGAUUUCAGAUGUCAGCCUCAGAACUUGGCCCUCCCAUUUGCCGCCACCCUCCAGACCGCCGCCUGCAUUAGAUGAGAAAAAGGGAGACUGUGGUAAAACAAGUCCAACCUUUGAAGCUAUUGCUUCAGAAGAGAUUGGUGGUGAAUCUUCUCCUCCUUACUUUGAUGUGGAGAUAGAUGCUAGUUCUUCUGCCGGAGUCUCUGCUGCUGCUAUGAAAGAAGCAAUGCAGAAAGCUCAGGCAAAGCUGAAAAGUGCAAAAGAAUCCAUGGAGAGAAAGAGAGAGGGUUGUGGCCAAACAAAAUUGGGUACAAAGACUGACAGAAAAGUCAAGGAAGAAAAAAUAUCUAAACAUGGAUAUGGUAGCAAAAAGGAUGACGGGGGGCAGGUCAUUUGUGAAAGAGAAAAGAAUGGAAUGAAAUUUUGUGUUUCGGAGGAGAAACAAAACAUCAGAAAUAUAAGUCAGCUAAUGUUAAAUUCAAUGGAAGGGAAAACACAUCCAAAAGUGGCCAAAUUAUCUGCAGAGGAGAGUCGUGGAAGGGAAUGCUUUUCAUCCCAAGGUUCUGGUGAAUGGAAAGAAGCUACUGAAUUUUUUGAACUGGUAACAGAUAAGUCCAGGAAAUGCUUUGGCCAGGAUAGCAAUGAGAACAUUUUAAUCUCUAAUUCAAGCUUUUCUGAGCAUGAGAAGAGGUCGGAAAAAGCAAAUCUUGAAGCAUUGCAGCGGCUCCAAGGAAAUGCCAAGAAAGUAAAAGCUGUUAGAGCAGAUCAUCAACUGGAAGAAACUGAAAAGAUAUCUGAGGUGUCCAUAGAGGCUUUUAAGCGGGACAAAUUCAGUGGUAGAUCAGAAGCGGCAAACAAACAAAAAGUUGAGAUGGAGGUACACUGCUCGACUUCAAGAGGGAGCCAUGAAGUAAAUGGAAGUGACACAGCAGGAAAAGAAGAUCAUAAUCCAGAAAAGAUCAGGGAAGCGUCCCAAACUGAAUGUAAGUGGGAAGAGAUACAGAAACUCUAUGACGACGUUGGUGAGAGCGGGAAGGAAGAGGGACUGAACAAGAUUGGAGCUGAUCAUAGUGAAUUCAAUCAGGCACACAAUCUGGCUGAAGAUAAGAAUCACCAGUCAACUCAAUUACAAGGAAAACAUGAGAGGAACAUUGAAAAAGAGGAAGCAACAGAUGUGAAAUUAACUGAACUAAAAAAAAUUAGAAACGAAGCAGCACCUGGCAUUGUACAACCCAACAAACAGGAAAGAAGCCAACUCCAAAUGGAAGAUAUAACUAGCACUGAAAUGAAGACCAUUGAGAAAUUUAAGAGUAGCAUGCAAGUGGACUCGGAUAUUGGAAAUCAAGGGAAGAAAUUUGGCAACGAACGAAAUGGGAGGAAAAAAACUAUUGAGCAGACUCAAGUUCCUUUAUACCAGGAUAACAACAAGGGCGAUUUCAUGCCAACCAGAGUAGUGAGAGAAUCAGUUGAAACUGGAAGGAAAACUGAAGCAGCUCAACCAACUAUACUGGAAGUAAAAGAAAGCAGUUCAAGAAUAGGCCAGCAACCUUUAUACCAGGAUAACAACAGGGAUGAUUUCGCACCAGCCAGACUGGUGAGAGAAUCAGUUGAAACUGGAAGAAAAACUGAAGCAGCACAACCAACAAUACUGGAAGUAAAAGGAAGCAGCUCAAGAAUAGGCCAGCAAGUUAAUGCAAGUCAGAGUACUGAAAGGAAAUUGAAGAAUGGGGCCUCUUCAUCAGAAGAUAAGGAAGCUGAGAGAUUGAAGAGAGAAAGAGAGCAAGAAAAAGAACGUCUUAGAAGGAUGGAAGAAGAAUGGGAGAGAGAAAGGGAAAGGGAGAAGGAUAGGAUGGCUGUUGAUAGAGCAACACUUGAAACUCGUGAAAGUGCUAGUGCUGAAGCUCGUGAGAGAGCAGAAAGGGCUGCUGUUGAAAAAGCAACGUCUGAAGCUCGACAAAGAGCACUUAAUGAGGCUCGUGAAAGAUUAGAGAAGGCCUGUGCCGAUGCUAGAGAAAAAACCUUAUCUGACAAGGUACCUGUGGAGGCCAGGCUCGGGGCAGAGCGUGCUGCAGUAGAGAGAGCAACUGCUGAGGCACGAGAGCGUGCUUUUGAAAAAGCAAUGGCUGAAACGGCUACUUUUGAGGCAAGAGAACGAAUAGAAAGAUCAAUCUCAGAUAAAUUCUCCACUUCAACUGGGACUGGCGGAACAAAACCAGGCUCCUCAUCCUCUGAUCAACAAGAUCUUCUAUCUAAAGGUGCAAGCUCAUUUAAUGGUUCCGGAUAUCAAUAUUCAUUUUCUAACGAAAGAUUUGAAGAAGUUGAAGGUGAAUCAGUUCAGAGGUGUAAAGCUAGAUUAGAGAGACAUCGAAGAACAGCUGAACGUGCGGCAAACGCCUUAGCAGAGAAAAACAUGCGAGAUCAUCUUGCUCAAAGAGAACAAGCGGAGAGAAGCAGAUUAGCAGAAACCCUGGAUGCUGAUGUUAAGAGGUGGUCCAAUGGGAAAGAGGGGAACCUGCGUGCAUUGCUCUCGACUUUGCAAUAUAUACUUGGGCCUGAUAGUGGUUGGCAGCCAAUUCCACUUACUGAAGUUAUAACUCCAACUGCUGCAAAGAAAGCAUACAGGAAAGCCACUCUUUGUGUCCAUCCCGAUAAAUUACAACAACGUGGUGCAACUAUUCGGCAGAAAUACAUCUGUGAGAAGGUGUUUGAUUUUCUGAAGGAAGCUUGGAACAAGUUUAACUCUGAGGAGCGAUAGGCCGGAGUUCAUGUUUGAUUGAUCUAUAACUAUUAAAUCAUCCAUUUUGUAAAUACAUUUUGCUGGUAAAUAUAUCUUAUGAGAUUACUUGUUAUAUUAAA